CAGAAAUAGGAACCUCCCUGGCAAAUGUCCUGCACAGGUUUGGUCAAAAUCUUUCAUGGCCGACGGCCUACGGUUGGCUGUCAAAUCGAAAACCUCGGUAAGCCGGUGAUAUGGUUCAAUCCCAGCGCCAUUCAAACUCCCAAAUCAUUUAAAACACCUUCACGUUUUUCUCACCGGGCGGCAACAUGCCACGUGUAAGGGAUCGAAAGGUCAGAACCCCUGUUCAGGGGUGAGAAUGCUUCGAAGACCUGCAGAAGAACGCGGAGAACAAAUCUUGUCAAAGCCGGGUAAAAUCAUUCAACUUCAGCCGUCAAGAGGUACCAGCUGUAGGGGUCCCCGGCGGUUUAAGAGAGUUUCUGUGCGCGCUCGCCUUCUGUUUUCACAUUUAAUAUGUGUCUGGGCAAAAUUUAGUCAAACCCACUCUGGCCGUGUUAAGCAGGUCUACCAAAGACCUCGUACUACGCGGUUAAUCAAAGUCCACGUACCUGUCCUUCUCAAUUCCUGCUUUUUGCCUUGCUUAUGUGCACUAUAUAGCUACCAGCUCGCAGAAGAGGCUAAGGCAAAUUAGGAUAUAUGAGCAACAGGCCCAGCUGGGACACCCAACUCAGUUUAGUACGAAUCCGGGAUCUGUUAAAAAGUUUUGGGAAUCAGGAUUGCUAAUUUGGGGGAGGGAAAUUUCGUUUUAGGACACUCAAUUCAGUUUAGUACGAAUCCAGGAUCUGUAAAAAGGUUUAUAUAGAGACGUUUUGGGAAUCCGGGUAGCUAGUUCGGGUUGUUGAAUAGUUUGGGGAAGGAAAUUUUUGUUUUAAACAUGUUGCAGUUAGUUCAGCCUGUAAUGAAGAUGAGCUGGGAUCAGUCUCCGCUAGUUGCAGAGAAUUUUGGGCCUCAGAAGAAAAUUAUCUUGUCUGGGCACCCAAAACAGUUUUCCUCACAGAGGAAGAUGUAUAAGAGUAUUUUUUCAGUUUCCCAACAGCAGCAGGGGGAGCACUUUGGGAGGAGGAAGUUGGGUCACCCGAUUUUGAGGGCAGUUGUGAGUGACAAGAGAGUACCUGCCUCGGCCCCUGCAACUCUGCCUCUUGAGAAACCCGUUGAGCUGAAAUUGGAGGCCAUUGUCACUGUGAGAAGGAAGCGGAAGGAGGAUUUGAGUGAAUCCAUCCAACGACAUAUUGAUUCUUGUGCUGAGGUGAUUGGGCAAAAUGUUGUGCUGCAGCUCGUCAGUGAGAAAAUUGAUCCAAAAACCAACACAGGCAAGAGAAGUAAUGAAUCUGCAUUGAAGGGGUGGCUACACAAGUCUGCAGUGCGGGCAGCAACAGUAGACUAUACUGCAAACUUUACCAUCAGCUCCGAUUUUGGCCUACCAGGAGCCAUCAUUGUCACUAAUCGACACAACAAAGAGUUUUUUCUGGAGAAAAUUGUGAUCAAGGGGCUCAUCAAUGGACCAGUAUUCUUUUCCUGUAAAUCCUGGGUGCAGUCUAAGAAAGACGGUGUCGAAAAUAGGGUCUUUUUCAGCGACAAGCCAUACUUGCCAUCUCAGACUCCACCUGGCCUGAAGGACCUUCGGCUGAAGGAACUACAGGAUCUACGUGGCAAUGGACAAGGUGAACGCAAACAUUCUGAUAGAAUAUACGAUUAUGAUCUGUACAAUGAUCUGGGGAACCCAGACCAGAGCAAGGAUCUUGCCAGACCAGUCCUGGGCACUGAGCAAAUGCCCUAUCCGAGGAGAUGUCGAACUGGCCGUCCUCCAACGAAAACAGAUCCAUCAGCAGAAACCAGGAUGGAGAAACCUGGUCCUUUGUAUGUACCUCGAGAUGAAACAUUUGAGGAGCUCAAGCAAGAUACCAUUAAUGAUGGAAGGACGAAAGCUCUUGGGCGUAGCUUGAUUCCAGCCUUACUAGUCAAUUUUGUUGAUCCAAACAAGGAGUUCGAGUGCUUCGCCGAAGUAGAGGCUCUAUAUAAGGAGGGGUUUAAAUUCGACAUUCCAAGUGAACUCUUAAAGAAGAUGCCAAAGGUAGUGAGUCGGAUCCGAGAAAUGAGUGACGAGCUUCUGCGGUAUGACACACCAAGUAUCAUCUCAAAGGAUAGAUCUGCAUGGUUGAGAGAUGAUGAGUUUGCUCGUCAAACACUGGCAGGCGUAAAUCCUGUAUCCAUUGAGCGGCUAAAGGAGUUUCCUCCUGUGAGCAAGCUGGAUCCAGAAACCUACGGCUCACCAGAGUCAGCAUUAAAGGAAGAGCAUAUCACAGGACAACUCAAUGGGAUGUCUGUGAAGCAGGCUAUUGAAAAGAACAAAUUGUUCAUUUUGGACUACCAUGAUGCAUUUAUUCCAGUUGCAAACGGAAUCAAUGCCCUGGAUGGGAGAAAGACAUAUGCUACAAGGACAAUAUUUUUCCUAACUCCUGUCAACACUCUGAAGCCUGUUGCUAUUGAGCUUAGCCUUCCAUCACCAGCUCCUGGGAGUCGAGCAAAGAGAGUUUUCACUCCUGCAAAUGACUCAAUUUCUCAUUGGCUUUGGCAAUUAGCCAAAGCUCAUGUAUGUUCCAAUGAUGCUGGUGUCCACCAGCUCGUGAAUCACUGGUUGCGUACACAUGCUUGCACGGAGCCCUAUGUUAUUGCAGCUCAUAGACAUCUGAGUGCUAUGCACCCUAUCUUCAAACUGCUUCAUCCACACAUGCGGUACACGAUGGAAAUCAAUGCAAUGGCUCGACAAACCUUAAUCAGUGCAGAAGGAGUGAUUGAAUCCUCUUUUACACCAGGCAAGUACUGCAUGGAUAUAAGUGUUGCAGCAUACCGCAAACAAUGGAGAUUCGAUAUGGAAGGUUUACCUGCAGAUUUGAUCAGAAGGGGAAUGGCAGUUGAAGAUUCUACUCAACCGCAUGGGGUGAGACUGGUGAUCGAAGACUACCCUUAUGCAGCUGACGGUCUCCUUAUUUGGUCAGCUAUCAAAGAUUGGGUUGAAGAAUAUGUUGCUUGUUAUUACUCAGAACCAGGAAGAAUACAAAGUGAUGUUGAACUUCAAGCUUGGUGGGAAGAAAGUAAGAAUGAAGGGCACCCAGAGUUGAGAAACGAACCAUGGUGGCCCAAAUUGGAAACAAAGGAGGAUCUAGUUGGUAUCUUAACCACAAUGAUAUGGAUUGCUUCAGGACAGCAUGCUGCUCUUAAUUUUGGUCAGUACCCAUAUGGAGGUUUUGUACCUAACAGGCCUUGUCUUAUGAGGAGGUUGGUCCCUGAGGAGAAAGAUCCAGAAUAUCAAAACUUUAUUUCAAACCCACAGAAAUAUUUCCUCUCGUGCGUGCCAAGUCUCCCUCAGGCACUUGGCUUAAUGGCUGUAAUAGAUACUCUCUCUACUCAUUCCCCAGAUGAAGAGUACCUUGGCCAAAAACAACUGGCCACAAGUGACAUAAAUGUAGUGGAUGCAUUCCACAAGUUUUCUGCUAGGAUUCAGAGUAUAGAGAACAUCAUUGAACAGAGAAAUAAGGACUUAAAUCUUAGGAACAGGAAUGGUGCGGGGAUGGUUCCAUAUGAACUAUUGAUGCCAUCAUCAGGUCCAGGGGUGACAGGCAGGGGAAUCCCAAACAGCGUUUCCAUUUGAUUCUCACUAGGAAUUGACUGGAUAGUGGAUAACAUAUGACUCUGACUCUUUACCUAUGGGGAAUCAGAAUCUCUCUGACCCACAUUCAAGAUCUCUGUAUACUGUAAUAUGGAUUCUUUUCAUUAUACAUAUGUUUAGAUCAGAUGAUUUUAGGAGAUAUAAGAAAGGUAGGAGCACUUCUGUAUUCUGCAUUGAUUGCAAUGUGUAGAAAGGAAGGAUUUAUACUUAGUUCUCUAUGGGUGACACUCAAAAAUCCAUUUAGUAUAUUCAUUCGCUCGACAUAUUCAUCUUCGAGAAAAUCAGACCCUGGUCUCACAAAAUUUGUCCAGGAGAUCUAGAAAGAGUGACUCACUCUAAUUAUAACGAGCGGUUUUAUUGUUUUCAGUUGCUCUCUUCUGUAAACUAUGGAAUGUAAAGAAGAAUUUUUGUACGUAGCCA